AGGACUAAGGUACCAAUCGUCACGACUUUUUUGCCGUCUGCGGGCCAGUAAACAGAGAAAGAGUCGCCUUAAUUCCCGGACCGCCUCAGGCAUCCAUCCGCUCAUUCAUCAAUCAUCCAUUCAGGUGCUCCGUCAGCCGCGUGUCUCACUCCGUCGCUUUUUCGCUGAUUGCCUUCUACCUCAUAACCUUACUAAACCUUUUUUUUUUCUUCCCUUCGCUUGUACCGGACAGCUUCUUCCUACGGUUUCUCACUCUCCUUGACUGAAUUAACGCUUCUCCUUUGUUUCCCUAUUCUUGCCGGCACCGGAGCUUCGUCCUGUCGCAAAUCGAUCCACCCACCCUUUCCCCCCCAGUUUCCCGUACGACCCGACUCUGCCAUCGUCCCAACCAGAUUCGGUUGCCUUAGGCUGGUCAAUAAACAACCCAGAAACGGGACCUUACCGCGGAGGAAUCCAUAACUUUGACUAUUAAAUAAUCUUCCGAUCGAAGAAUCCCAUCACAAUGAGUGGCGGCUACGGCUCAUACAACCCCUAUGGUGGCCAGGGAGGCUACCAGCAAGCUAGCAGCAUAGAGGAGGGUAAUGGCAACUAUGAGAUGAACCAGGUGGGUGGUGGCUACGAUACUCAGCCUGCCGACCCGACCAGCUUGCUCAACAAGUGCCGUGAAAUCAACGAUGGUAUCGCCGAUAUUCGCGCUAAGCGCGAGGGACAGCUCGCGGCCGCGCAGAAUGGUUUGCUGGACUCGAGCACCGGAAAGGAAGACCAAGUUUCUCGCCAGACCCUAGACUACGUCGAGGAUGAAAUCAACAACGGUUUCCGCUAUCUCCGUGACCUCCUGAAGAAGAUCAAACAGACUCCCGGCUCCGGAGACAGCCGUGUACAGACCCAGGUCGAUGUGACAAGCCGCAACCUGCGCCGCGAAAUCGAGCAGUACCAGCGGGCCCAAUCGGAUUUCCAGAAGCGUUUGAGGGAGCAGGUUCGCCGUCGUUAUGAAAUUGCCAACCCCGAUGCGACCCCCGAGGAGUUGGAGCAGGGGGUUGAUAACGUUCUCAUGGGACAGGAGCAGACCUUCCAGCUCACUGGUAGCCGGACCCGUCAAGCCAACGAUGCCAGACAGGCUGCUCUGGAGCGUUCGGCCGCAAUUCGGAAGAUUGAACAAGAUAUGAUGGAGCUUGGUCGGCUGUACCAAGAAGUCGCAGAGCUUGUGCACCAGCAAGAGCCUGCCGUCGAACAGAUCAACCAGGGCGCCGAAGAGGUCGCUGGAAACGUCGCCAACGCCAACACUCAGAUCACCCAUGCCAUUGACAGCGCGCGUCGGGCAAGAAAGUGGAAGUGGUAUGCCUUGCUUAUCAUCAUUCUCAUCAUUGCCAUUGUUGUUGGUGUCGCUGUCGGUGUAACCCAGGGAAACAAGUAGUCUCAAGACUCAUGAAUUUUCUGACUGUGACCCUUAUGGUCACGUUGGCUUUCUCCGUGAACUCCGAUCAACUCUUGUCUCCGACCCUAUGCGUUUCCAUACCUCUGUGUUUCAUGUUGCGAUUCCCUCUUCUCGUCUAGUUGCUUUGAACCUUGUAUACCCAUGCAAGGGCUGGAACGAAUUUGUGCUUCUGCUGCUUUCUAAUCGAUCUGUGCGACUUACACCGGCAGGAUGUUCUCCGUGUUAUCUCUAUGACCACGUUUCCGCAUCUUAAUCGAAUGCGGCCUGAUGACUGCUGCUCUUGGAUAGGAUGCGCAUGAUACUGCUGCACGUGUAUAUACUAGAGUUCCUUCGCUUGCUUUGACUUUUGGCGCUAGAUCUAUGUAAUAAUCGACUAUUCCACUAAUCAAUCUAAUGAGCCAUCGCAACACCAGGAA